AUGGCUGCCAUCGAGACCUGCAAGACUCAACAAACCCCGCUGGAGACGAAUCCGAACCAGAAUCGGACUCAAACCAUGGCAAAGACAAGCUCAGCACCCCGUCGCUGGAAUUGCGCUACAGGUGCUGAUCGACAUCUUCCUGAGGAGAGAAGUCACGGCGUGUUGGAGGAAGUAGAAAAAUUUUCAUUGGAUUACCACAAAGACAACCGAGAUCUUGAAAGAGAGGUACCCAGAAAGGAAUUUAGUAAGACACAUGAAAAGUUGAUCAAAGAAGGAGAGGAAUGGAUGAAAGACACAGCCAACUCUUGCACAAUUGUAGCAGCUCUCAUCGUCACUAUAGUAUUUGCAGCUGCCAUCACUGUACCGGGCGGAAACAGUGGCGAUAAUGGUCAUCCAAUUUUCUCCAACGACAAAGUUUUUUUAAUCUUUGGUCUGUCCGAUGCACUUGCUCUUUUCUCGUCCACUUCUUCUCUACUGGUCUUCUUGUCUAUCCUCACUUCACGCUAUGGAGAAGAGGACUUUCUGAAAGUCCUACCCAGGAGAUUAAUUACUGGUUUGGUAACCCUAUUCAUAUCCAUAAUAUCUAUGAUGAUAGCUUUCGGUGCCACACUCUAUCUAGUGUUUGGGGAUAAGAAACCAUGGAUUUUUGCUCCUAUAACUGUGCUUUCCUGUAUACCUGCGGCCUUGUUUGUGUCAUCACAAUUUCCUCUUCUUUUGGAUAUGAUCAAAUCUACAUAUGGCACAGGCCUUUUCUAUUCGCAGAAUGAUCGUAUCCUCCUCUAA